CCAGCCAUGUCAUGGAGGCACCAAGCUGCCUUUUCUUGUGGAAACAAUCCAAGUUUGGUCUGUUGGUAUCUUAGGUAGCCUGAAUCAUUCUGUCAAAACUCUUAGCAGCCUGAAUGGGCUUUUUUUUUUUUUCUUCUGAUCUUGCUUAAAGAUUGAACAAAGCCUCUAAAACUUCUGCAAGGAACUGGUCACUGAAAGCAUGUGUGAAAGGGUCACCAGGUGUCUGUGUCUUGAAACACUGCAUUCAAACUUGCUUUCUUAAGCUUCACAGUCAACUUGAACUGCUUUGUAACCUUGUAGCAGUACAGUGGGUGUAGCAGAGUCUCUAUAAAAAGUCCAAGAACAGUUAACUAUUUUAUACUACCUGCAGCUGGAGGUAAUACAGGAAUUCCUGUCAAUCCAGACUAGUAAAACACUGGCACCUCUUGCUUAGCUGUGACUAAAAACGCUAGCGCGCAAAACUGCACACUGCUUGAACGGCCGCUUGCAAUAAUGCAGUCUGGGGAAGGGAUUUGCUUAGUUCAAGUUACCAUGUUGGUUGUGUCCUAAUGCCUUGUACUUUGAAAAUGGAGCUUUUAGGAAUGUCAUCUAACUUGAUGACAAACCAACACUUUGGAGGGUCUGAGGGUGGUAUUGUCAGUGCCCAUUAAUGUCUUUAUCACUAAACUCGAAGAAAUGUUUAUGCUUCCUCAAUCAUGUAGAAGAAGCAAGGGAGGAGUUGAGAGAACAGGUAUAUAACGCCAUGGGGGAAAAAGAAGAGGCCAAAAAGUCUACAGAAGAGUCUCCGGUACUCUCUGAGAAGGAAAUCAAGGAGGAUGUUGAAAUGAAAGAGAUCACAGAAGAAAAACCAACAGAAGAAGCAAUUGCUGGCAAGGACAUAAAGCUUGAAGAGGCUGAAGAGAAGAUGGAGGCUUCUGUGGAAAAAGAAGUAAUGUCAGAAGAGCAGAAGCAGCAGGUAGCUGUGGAAGAAGAGACUACAAAAGAGGAGGCAGCUGUGGAAGAAAAGGUAGUGGAAAAAGAGAAGAUGGUGCCUGAAGACAAGGUAGCAGGCGCAACUGAGGAAAAGGACAGAGCGACGGAAGUGUUGGACAAGGGGGUGAAGGCAGUUGUGGAAGAGGCUGAAGCUGGGCAAGCAACUGUGGAAGAGAAGGGAGAGGUGGGAGAGCAGAAAGCAGAAGCAACAGAAAAAGAGCCAGCUGUGGAAAAGGGAGAGGCUGUAGAAGGGCAGGCAGAGACAGCUGUGGAAGAGAAGGCAGUAGCACAAGUGACAGCAGAAGUGCAGGAAGCAGUUGCUGUGGAGAAGAAAGAAGCUGCAGAAGGGGAAGCAGAGGCAGCUGAACAGAAGAAGGUGGAGGAGAAACAAGAGCCAGCAGAGACCGCUACGGAAGAGAAACUGGAUGAAUCUAAAGAGACAGAGUCCUCAAAGGAACCUGUGUCCACACAGGGCAAAGAGCCAUCUAAUGACACAGAAGAAAAGGCUGAAGUAGCUGCUAAGGUAGUGAAAGAGGAAAAGAAAGAUGACCUGAUGGAAGAGGGUGAAGGUGCUAAGGUAGAAAAAGAAGAGAAAGAUGACCUGAUGGAAGAGGGAGAAGGUAACAGUGAGAGGAGAAAAAUACUUGUGGGUGGAUGACUUGAUGGAUUUGGCUAACAAUGGGUAAAAAGUGUUCCAUUCAGAAUUUUCUGUUUGCCUUAGAAUAAGGAAAAGGCACAGUAAAAGGGGCUCUUGAAGGAUUUUACAUCCAAGUAAAGUUUCAAGGAAUAGUGAAUAGUCUCAGUUUCUCUAGACUAACGCUUAACUAACUGCAAAGCGAAUCUUACUUGAAAGCAAACUUACAGCCCUGUGAAAUGUGUAAGUAAUGGCUAGGCUGGUGGAGAAUACUGAAUGGAUGUUCACUUGCAUGCGUCUGGGUUUACUGCACUAACCUUCAAAUAACUUGAAGCACAAGUUGCCUCUGGUUAUAAUCAUAUUUUGCUUUAAAACAGUGGAGCAGAAAGAAAAAUUAAGAAUAGCUGAAUACAUAACAAAAUAGUGAAUUUGCUUUUGGUGGGGGGAAGGAACUCCAUUUGAGUCUUUCUGGUGAUAAUUCCAAGUGAGAAUUCGGUUGGGAAAUCUAAACUUAAUUUGCCCUGGAACUGGAAGGCUUAUUGCUACUAUCUAGUACAGUCUUUCAGCUCUCUAGCUUUUUCUGCCAUUCUGCUUCCCUGCUUCAUCAUAGCUGUCUUCAGGAUUACGUUGAAGUUACCUAGUACAACUUGGACGCUUUGACGUAGUACUUGCAUGGUCUUAGUAGGCCAGUGCUUUCUACUGCACAAGUUAAUCGAUGAGCUGAUGAGUGAAACUUUGCUUGUCAGUAACUCGGCUUCACAGGAAGAGCCUUGUUUUAGGAGUGGCAAAUAUUCAGACUAAAUAGUUCUGGACACUGGAAGGAUUUGUUCAGCUGAGCAUGGUGAACACUAGUAGAGCAGCUGCCUAACAAGGUGUCUGUCUGGACAGA